AUGACCAAAGACGAUGCCUCCCGCAUCCAGUCCAGCCAGGCCCGUCACUUUCCCCCUCCUCCCGUGGUCUCUACCUCACUGCCUGAGAUAAUCAGGGUCUUGAUGCUAGCUGGGCGAGACUCGAACAAGGGCGGCAAAGACAUGUCCUCGGGCGACUUCGCCGCCAGAGCCCAGGGCGCGGGCGACAGAAACGCCAAUGCCGGGGUCGGUGGACAGGAUCAGGGCGGUGCUGGCGCUGGUGCUGGUCAGGGAGGACAGCAGGCUGGCAAGAAGUAG